AUGUUAACCAAUGAAAGGGCCCAUUUUUGGUCAGGAGGAAUUUCACGCAGUAAGUCUGACGGAAAUUUGUUUAAAAUGGAAGACCAAAAAUCUUCAAGAAGUUUCCAUAUUACAGAAUGUCCAGACCCAGGAUUUCUUCUCAACUGGCCAGAUGCUUUCACAUGUCAUGGCAAUAGUGCUUCCAAAACUACAAAUCCAUUCUGGAAUGAACUGUCUGCUUCUAACCCAUUUUUGGAUGAUAUAACUCAGUUAAGAAAUAACCAGAAGAAAGACAAUAUUUCCAUCUUGAAGGAAGAUCCUUUUCUAUUUUUUAGAGAAAUAGAAAUCGGAAAUUCUUUUGAUUCCUCUGGUGAUGAACUGGAUAUGCAUCAGUUGCUUAGGCAGUCUUCCCCACGGAAAGCUGGAAGAUCUAAAAGUGUUUCAGAACUUUUAGACAUUUUAGAUGACACAGCACAUGCCCAUCAGAAUAUACAUAACUCUGGCCAGAUACUAGAACAAGACUUAGAAUGGCUUCAGAAUGAUAGAGAGGCUUAUAAAAUGGCCUGGCUAAGUCAACGCCAGCUGGCUCGUUCCUGCCUGGAUUUGAAUAUAAUUAAUCAGAGUCCUGGAUGGGCCCAAACACAAGUUGCAGAGACCGUGAUAGUUUGUAAAUUAAGCCACCAAGGAGGGUCAGUACAAUUACCUGAAUCAGAUAUCACUGUCCAUGUGCCCCAAGGACAUGUAACUGUGGGAGAAUUCCAAGAGAUAUCUCUAAGGGCUUUUCUUGAACCUCCGCAAAUGCUUAACCAUGAUCUUUCAUGCACCGUGAGUCCACUGUUGGAAAUCAUGUUAGGCAACCUUAAAACAAUGGAAGCCAUUUUGCUGGAGAUGAAAAUAGGGGCUGAAGUGAGAAAGGAUCCUUUCAGCCAAGUCAUGACAGAAAUGGUAUGUUUACACAGCUUGGGUAAAGAAGGCCCUUUCAAAGUGUUAAACAACUGCUAUAUUUAUGAAGACAUUAUCCAAGUCAAGCUAAUAGACUUGAGCCAGGUGAUGUAUCUAGUGGUUGCUGCACAAAUUAAAGCUAUCCAGUCACCAGCUGCCACCAUUUGGGAUUGUAUCCACAAAACCACCUCAGUUGGAAUUUAUGGGCCCAGAUAUAUUCAUCCCAGUUUCACUGCUAUUUUCACAGUUUGUGGACACAGUUACAUGCCAGGAAAGCUUACAAUCUCUGAUAUUAAGAAGGGUGGUAAAAACACAUCUCCGGUUGUGUUUCAGCUUUGGGGGAAGCAUUCAUUCUUCCUUGACAAGCCACAAGAUUUAAAUAUUUCUGUUUUUUCAUGUGAUCCUGAUUUUGAAGUGAAGGCAGAAGGAGAAAGGAAAGAAAUUAAACAAAAGCAGUUGCAAGCAGGUGAAGUAGUUAAUCAACAAUUUUUAUUUUCCUUAGUUGAGUCCAGAGAAAUGCACUUAUUUGUUUUCCGUGUUCAGGUGGAGCCUCCCAAUGGUAGAACACUUACACAGUUCUUUAUCACUACACCUGAUCCAGCUCCGAAUCUAAAAAGACUCUCCAAUCUGCCAGAUAAUUUGCAGAAAGAGAAGAAAGUCAAGUCUGCUCCAUUGUUACCAACAGUGUGUGUCAAAUAUCCCACAUUUCAAGACAAAAAAAUGAACUUCACCAACUUUGGGGUAACUCUGAAGACUGUGCUAAGACAAAAAAAGAUUGACUACUUACUUGAAUAUUUCAAAGGGGACACAGUAGCUCUUCUUGGAGAGGGUAAGGUAAAAGCUAUUGGGCAUUCCAAAGUGAAAGAAUGGUAUGUUGGAGUCUUGAGAGGUAAGGUUGGACUUAUACAUUGCAAAAAUAUCAAGGUGAUUGCAAAGGAACAAGUAAUAUCCAUGUCAGAUAAUGUCUUCACAACCAGAAAUCUUCUUGAACAAAUUACCCUACCCUUUAAAAAACUGACUUACAUCUACUCAGUUGUAUUGACCUUGGUGUCAGAAAAAGUUUACGAUUGGAAAGCUUUAGCCCAUGUCUUGGGUUACUCACAUCUGGCACUAGAAGAUUUUGAAAUACAAGCAGACAAAGAAUCAGAAAAAGUUUCCUAUAUUGUAAAGAAGUUAAAGGAAGAUUGCCAUGCAGAUAGAAAUACCAGGAAGUUUCUUUAUGAACUUAUUGUGGCUCUGCUGAAGAUGGAUUGCCAAGGGUUAGUAGCACAUCUCAUCCAAGAGGCUGCUAUUCUGACUUCAGCUGUCAAGCUUGGAAAAGGCUGGAGGGAACUAGCUGAAAAGUUAGUACGACUCACAAAGCAACAGAUGGAGGCGUAUGAAAUUCCUCACCGAGGAAAAGCUGGCGAUGUUGCUGUUGAGACAAUGUGGAAACCUGCCUACGAUUUUCUCUAUACUUGGGGUGCUCACUAUGGAAGUAGCUACAGAGACAUGUUACAAGACCUUCAAUCAGCUUUGGACAGGAUGAAAAGCCCUGUGACCAAGCAGUGGCGAGACUUAACUGGAGCUCUAAUACUAAUACAUUCCUUAGAGUUUUUGAGAGCAACUGCAUUCUCUACUUCUGAGGAAGUAUAA